GGGGAGGCACACACGGAGACUGGGGCGCACCGGAGACAGAGAGCAGGAAUUGCAGAGGCAGAGACGCACGGGCGCACGGUCGAUUUUCGCGCUCCCGCAUACCGGGGGAGUCCCGCGUCUGUCCCCGAAACCGGAGCGCAGGCUUUUAACGGGGCUUUCGGGUGCAGACGCUGAUAUUGAGCCAGAGGAGGAGCGGCUUUUAAAAGGUUUAAGUGGGAGGACGGUGGUGGUCCGGCCGGGGCGCAGCGGAGGAACUCUAGAUGAAGCGGGGACACGCCGCUCGGUGACGGCUGUUGACGGCUCCGGUGAACCGGGCGAGAAGGGGGACUGAGCCCUGCGCCAGCCAGCCAGCCAGCCUGGCAGCCCGCGUUGACACCCCGCAAAACAAGCUCCACCGCGCUCUGCUUUACACCAGGGGCAACCAUGGGCAGAAGACAGAGCCAGGGAGAAGAGAGAGAAAAGUCUGUGAGCUCUCCACUGCAGUAUUGAUGACCCAAUGAUCCCCUGCAGAACAGAGCCAGUCAGGCAGACCGAGUCAGGCUCGCCUCAGAAUCAAAAAUCAGCGCCACGGCCGUUUGGUCGGAGCAACCGACUGAGUGGGGUAUGAAUGGUGUAAAAAUCUUCUGCCCCUACAAGCUGUUGAAAGUUUCAUACAGAGACAGCUGAAACCACCUCUCCACAUCCUGCGCCACUACCUGCAGCACUGUCCACUGGAUGAGUGGCUCGUCGGAUCCUCAGCAUUCAGGCCAAACUGGCACUCCGGCAGGUCGUGGGGAGACUCGGCCAGAGCAGAAGGGUUUUGUGGUUAGACUGGAGAAACUGGGAAGACCUGAGUCCUGGACAGGGGAGCUCACACUCCAUGGCGCGUUCCAAGAUCCAUUUCAUGAUGGACUGGCACUUGUGACCUCCGACAUUGCCCCCACCCCCCCGUCCACCCUGGCAACUGGUGCUCGCCUGCAGGAAAGGCUGGGGCACGGCACCUACCUGCAGAGGCACCCUGACACCUGCAUGACAGCCGAGGCGGACACGUUUUCAGCGACUCUCAGAAACAUGCAAACACACGUAGACCCGGAAGUGCACGCAGAAGCUUUCUCCAACCCGCACAUGGACAACUGUGGAAUCAUGGAAAUCAGCAAUCACAGUGAUUCUAUAGACUCAGAACUCUCUAAAACUCUCACAGUAGAGGCCAUGAACACAACUUCACCUCAGACUUUGCCUUUGGCGAUUGGCAAUCAUCCUGCAACUACCAAUCCGCUGGAGGCCCCGGCAGCCCGGACUGCGGAGUUCGACACGCCCUCAAACUACGGUCCAGUCCCCUCUGGUCCUAACCCAAUAACGGUGCCUUCUUCUCUACCCAUAGAGACAGAGAAGAAGUAUGCACUCCGCAGCUCUGGGCGUCCUCGCUUCCCCUUGCACCUGCGUAAAUCCUCUCGGCUGCAUCGGAGCAUCGAGGAUGUGGGGAAAGGGUCAGGCAGGGACAGGGGAAGAGAAGAGGAGGAAACAUUAGAGGAGAAGAUCUGGAUGGUUAAAGAGGACGAAAUCACUGCAGAUGCUAAAGAAGAGCGUUCUUCUGUGGAGGCUGUUCUACCUGCACCUACUUGCCAUACAGAUAUGCCUCUUACUCCGAGUGAACCUAAGCCUGCUCCCAAACCUCUACUUAAGCCUGGGCCCAGACUUGGGCACAGACCUGGACCUAAAUCCAGGUGUAAGCCUCCGCUGAAAUAUGUGCACAAAGCAGCUCCUAAGAGUAUUUUAAAGCAGCGUCUGGCAGCGCAGGCCCUCCGCCAGAGUGCUGCCUCUCAUCUCACAUUUGAAUCUGCUCCACCUGCUCCUUUGUUGACUAUGAAGGAAGAACCUGGUGCAGGCUUGGGGGUCUGUCCUCCAAGUAACAGCAAAAAGGGCCGUUAUGUUGGUGUAAGGAAGAUUGUUGUAAAGGUGCCUCGCAUUCCUGUCAGCUUAAGUCGCCGACAGAAGAGCUAUAAAAUUUCCAGUUUGGAAACAGUUACGGGGACUGAGAAGACUAAUGACGGCAGUCUGGAGGGGUCUGAGGCGACACGAGAGCCAACCGCACUCCUCCGCAUGAAGAACAAUGGGAAAAGUGUGAUGGUGAUGUUUCCUCCUGGAGAACUCCCUGUGAUUCUCAAACGCAGGCGGGGGCGACCCCCUAAACAGGCUUUACCGGGAAUACAGGUCGAAGUACCCAGUGCUGGGACUACUGCGAUUACUGGAGACCAGCCCAAGAAGCCCAGGAGGCGGCGUCGGACUAAACUCCCCUGUCCAUUUCCCUCCUAUGUUAAUGACACAAAUGACGUGAAAGCUGAAUAUGGGGAUGUUCUCUCCAAAUUGGCAUUUUUAAACCGCCAGCCCCCUGCCACUGGUCGCUGCUCCCCUCCUCGUUGCUGGACACCAAGUGAGCCAGAAAGCUUUCACACCCCCUUGGAAAACCCUGGAAUAUCCACCCUGCUCCACAGGCUCACCGGGUCUAGGCGACCCAGGGGUGGCAGAGGAGGGGGGCUCGGCAGAGGUGGAGGAGCAGGAGGGGGCGUCAUGGGCAGCGAGUGCAAUAAGAGCACAUUCAGUGACUUCUUUGAAUCAAUUGGGAAAAAGCGAAAACUGAACCUCCUGUCUCAGCAUGGAUUACCGAGGAAAAGACGGAAGGGUGUGGGAGGAGGAGUGGGUAGGGGCGGGGGCAUGGUGGGAACAGAGCCUGGGGGCGAGAAAAUUGUCAGAAGGAGACGAAUGAGAAAAAACGGCGCAUUUAAAGGGGGAGUGGUGCCCAUGGGGCAGGACUGGCCCAAUGGGACAGGUGGAUGGGACGAGGAGGGGGCUUUGGAUAAGGAUAGAGCUUUGGGUGGGUAUCAACUCUGUGGAUCUCCAAGGGGGGGCUUCUCCAGUUGUAAUGUUGGACGAGGAGGGGCCUACAGUGGUCCAGCUGGAAGCAAAGGGGGUGGGCUAGCAGGAGAGGACUCACAAGGACUAUUUGCUGGGUAUUUUCGAUCCCUCCUCGAUUCUGAUGACUCCUCCGACCUCCUGGACAUCUCCUCCCAGUCGGACCCCCGGAAAUCUUCAUCCUCUGCCUAUGAUCCAUCCAGCUCUGCGGCCUCUCACAGCUGGUCUCCUCCAUUCCCCAAGUGGAGCACUAAAGGAGCAAAUGCAGGGGUGGAAGGCUCAGCACAGGCACACUGCUCCUCUGCAAGACCCCCUUAUAGUUAUGGAAGCUUAGCCCAAGUAUCUCCCACCACCUCUACGUAUCCUAAAUCCACUCCGCCAUCUCUUUCGCACUCUCCCAGCUCCCCCCACCCAGCCUCUUAUGGUCACUACCCUUCUGGUUACUCCUGCUCUCCUCCCGUAGGGCCACAGAGGUCCUCUGACUGCAGCUUUGGUUAUGGUGGCAAAGGGACACCUGCCAAUCAGAUGGGUUAUUUGAACUACCAGGGAGCAACCAAGAGAGGCUACAGUGGGUAUCCAGCAGUAAGCCAUUCCCCCAUGGGGAGAGGGGAGUCAGCAGGACCCACAUCACCUGGAGGAGGGUACAUGUCUGUGGCCAAAGGGAGCCCUUUCAGCUCCUCUGCCACAGAGGGCUACAAACAGUACAACUCCAACCAGUGGAGCUGCAGGCAAGCUUUUGGUGGUUGGUCAGCAGACAACUUUGGGUCUCAGUAUCAUGGCUAUAGUGAAUAUGGCUCCAAUGAGUCCAAAGACAUCUUGGAUAUCUCAAACUACACCCCGCAGAAGGCUAAGCGACAACCGUUUCCUGAGAGCCUGUCAGAAUCCUCCUCGGACUCUUCACACGUCGGCUCAACAGCGCCUGUUAUCGGACCCAGCUCCACUGGAGGCAGCUAUAGGCAGAACGAGGCUGCCUCUGUGAGUGCAGGCCAAUCCAGUCUGUCCAGUCUGGAGAAACUAAUGAUGGACUGGCAUGAGAGUGCUUCAGGACCGUCAUACAACUGGAGCCAGGAUGUCCUUUUCCAAGGUGGGGGGACGAGCAAACCUGGGCGCGGUCGCAGAAAACGGACUGAACUGCAUUUAGAAAAGGAAGGAGGUUCUGCCUUACAUUCGGAUUCACCAUCUAGUCCGUCCCCGACACCCGCUCCUGGACCUAAGCGGGGAGGGGCUGGAGGACGGGGAAGAGGCUCGAGAGGAGGUAGAGGAGGACUAUCUUCAUGUCAGAGAGAGCGACCGACUGGCUCCAAAGGCAGAGGCAAGAUGGCCUCUGUGUCAGGAGCGGGACUGAUGGUGUCAGCUGGAGGUCCAGAGGGUUCUGGGUUGUUCCAGGAGGGGCUGGAUUAUUACAGCGGAGACAGUAGCAGUCUUUCUCCACUGGCCACACCUAAUCCUGCUCCACCUUCCAGCUACCUCCAGGACACCUGUGAGUACCCCUCCCCUUACUCAGCCCAUCCCUCCACUCCAUCCUCUGAAGAGCGAUAUCCAGCCUUAUACCCUGGUGAAUCCUCCUCUUCCCUCUCACCCAGUGUGUCGUCUCCCCCUUAUCCCCCCAAGCCCACCCCUCCUCCGACCCAGCCCUAUCACCUUCUCCCAUCCAGGACCUUUUCCCCGUCUUGCUCCCCCUCGCCACGUUUGACCCCCCACUGCGGCACAGCGCUCAGCCCGUCGCACCGACCUCCUCCGAAAGACCUCCAGUUCUCCCAGUACGACUCCCCCAGCUACUGCAGCUCUCCUUACUGGUACGGACAGACAUCACACAGCGGCAGCCCCAGUCCGCACUCAAACACAACCGUGCACGCCCACAGCAAUCCACACGCAAGUCCUCAUGGAAAUGCACAUGCUAACUCCCUCGCUAACCCAACUGUAAACGCGCACACACACAUGAGUGACACACAACACCAGAGCCACACGAACCUGAGCUCACACACCAGCACCCAUCCGGCCUCGCACCUCCAAAGCAGUCAGCCCCACCUUAACGCUCACCUGCCCACCCUCGCACACCCCAACCCCAGCCCUGGCCUGCACUCCCACUCGACGCCUGGGCUUUAUGAGGAGCGCAGCCCUUCCUCUGCCAUGGCCCCCCACAAGCGGGAUUUGGUCCCUCACAGCAUGAGCACAGGCCUUCGCCAGGGUCCCCUCCCUCAUUCCCCUUACUCCAAGCCUCCUCUAGACGCCUCACCCCAUCAGGAGGACACCAGUGGCUACACCCUGCCCCAGCAAUCCUACCAGGGUGUGGGACACCGCUAUCCCCCCCAGACCGCUCAGGGUGGAGGGGUGUUGUGCCAGCUCCUGGACCCAGCCAGUGACGACAGCUUCAGUGUCACCAGCCUGUAACAGCAGGUUCGAGUCAAGCUUUUACAGAUUUGCAAACAUAUUUUUUAAAGGGAACUUCUUUGUGAGAGACUGAACUGAAGGGUGAGAAUUUAGCUGCCAGCCUUGGACAGUAAAGCUUUAAUUCUCCAGCACUGACAAUCAAGAUCAACCCAUGAAACUCAACGCAUGCACGUAUACGAAAACACACGCACACUCCCGGCAACUCACUCAGACAGACAGACAGACACGCACACGGGCAAAUAAGGAAAAAGAAAAACACACACGCACACAGAGAAACGCAUGUGCAGAUUAGAUCACUACCUAACCAUGAUCAUACGUGAGCACUCUGUCCUGGACCGAGAGGGAACGGCCAAGAGGAAUCUGACAGACAAAGUCCAGACGGCGGUGGACAGAGAUGAAACUAUAUCCCCAUCCCUUUGGGUCCUUCUGUGACACAUGCAGUAUCUCGCCGAGUCCUUUUCCAUUUCUGUUCUGCAGUAUAGACAAAUUAGGAUCACUCUGCUUUCUCUCUCUCUCUCUCUCUCCAUUUCGCUCCUUCUGUUCCUGUCUCCAAAACUUCUCCAUUUACCGCUAAAGCCAGCUGCAAUGUUCUGCACUCAAACCACUCAACUGUCUUGUGCCGCAACCUGAGCCGCAUCUGAGCCCAAAAAUCGACGUUUUUUUUUUUUUUUAAUACCAUGAGCCUAGCCAAACGUCCCGCUCUGUGCACUUCUUCUUGAUGUUUGUGUCCCAUAAGAGAAAAAAGCGGACUAAAUAAGUUUCUGCUCUUCAAAUACCAGCAUCUGUACAUACGACUUCAGCUCCAAGACCGCGGGGAAGAUGGUGGCAGAGUCGGGGUGUGGUGGGGGGGGGGGUUAUCAACUUUCCUCUCUUCUGCGUCUUACCGUGAUUUCUCUGCUCUGAUAGGGAGGGGAAAAGAGGAGGAAGAGGAGUAGGAGGAGGACUGCAGCUUGGAGACUCAACAUCCUGUGUUUUGCUGUUUUAACUACAAGGGAAAGAGACACUGAAAUUACACAAUGGCCCCAAAGAGACUUGUUUUUUUUUUGUGUGUGUGUGUGUGGACUCCAGACAGAGGAUGGAUUUGCGUGACUGCAGUGAUGCAUGUAUUUGUGAGUUUGUUUGCUUUUUUUCCUGAAUGCAUGUGUGUGUGCGCGCGUGUGUAUGCGUCUAUGUGUGUGUGCCUGUGGGGUCUAAAGGAUUGAGGCUCCAGAGAUGACAAAAUCUUGGUGGGGCCUCAUUUCUUUCUUUCUUUCAUUCACUCUCUCCCUUCUUUUUUUCGUGGUCUUGUGUUGUUUGGUGGUUUUUGUGCUGCAAAAAAAAAAAAAAAGAAAAGAAAAUUGUAUAUCUGUCUGUUACAUAUCAUGUAUGUAUCUGAGGUGCAAAAUAUUUAAAUACACAUUACGUUCUUGCCAUUGGUAAACUUGUCUGUCUCGUGCAGUUUCUUCAGCAGACAAGAGGAGGUGUUCUGCUUGUGAUUUGAGAGCCUUUGUAAGCGCCGGGCUUUGCCUGCAACUGUGAGGGAAGGAGUUCAAACAAGGACACGAUUCGACGGGGAGUAAAAAAAAAAAAAAAAGAGGGGAGGAGAGGAAUGAGUGAUGAGGAGAGUAAUGCGGGAUGUGCUGGUAGCUGGAAAGAAACCAGACUGAGCAAAAAAAAAAAAAAAAAGAAACCCAAGAUGCAGAAGAGGGUUUAAAUGCAAAGGAAGGAAAGAGAAAUGCACAGAGCUUUUACUUUAACAUUUCUAAUCCUAAUCCCAGCUGUAAGUGUUAACGCAGAAACUGUAAAAAAAAAAAAAAAAGGGUCAAUCAAAAAGGG